AUGGAGACCGGGGGGAAUGAGGGGCUGCGGAGGGCCCUGAGACGCCGCGGCGCCUGCGUCUCGCCCAGGGGCCGGGCCCAGCAGCGGGCAGAGCCGUGGCAGCUCCGUCAGGAGAACAGCGGUGCGGUGUGGAAUGAGCUGGCCUACUUCAAACGCCUCAACAAGAAGCUCACUACACACAAGACUAACCUAGAGGAGGAGCUGGAUGUGUUGCGGGUCCAGGCUGCUAUGGACCGGGCCACUGUACAGGAGCUGAGGAUGUGUCUUCAGAACGAACAACAAGAGCUUCUUCACAAAGUGGCAGCCGAGCCGGAGGUCAAGAGUAGCACUCCCAAAAAGCCCUCUGCCGAGAGAGUGGAGCAGUCGCUGAAGAAGAUAGAACAGUUGGAGAGGAGGACGGUGUCCAUGGAGCAGGAGACCGAGAGGCUGAGGGAGGACAACCAGGACCUCCAGGAGGCCAACUCAGCUCUAACCCAGGACAACGAGCACCUCCAGGCCUCCCUGGCCCACCUCCGCACCCAAGGGGCUGCCCGCGAUGAGGCGGCUCAUGCCCAGGCACUCGCCCAGGGUGAGAGACACCGUGCCGAGGCCCUGGCCCUGGAGAUCCAGCUGGAGGGGGCCAGGAAGGAAGCCGGACGCACCCGGCAGCAGCUGCUCCGGCUCAGGCAGGAGCUGGGCAUCCUGAGGGCGGCCAGGGACUUCAACAGGAGCCAGAGAGGACCCAAGGCUAACAUGCUAACAGGGCUAGCUGCAGCAGCCACAGCAGGAGGAGGAAUAAGUGGAGGGGCAUUAGCAAACAACAAGGUCAAAUUCAAAACAGGCAGAGGCCCAGCGCGGCUGCACCGCCACCGAGCGGUCGGCCCCAAUCAAGCCAUCGGAGGAGGAGGAGGCCGCAGCCCUGCUAGGGACGACUGGGAGGACAUGAGUGCGGACAGUGGAGAGGAGUACUGUGACAGCCUGGACAGUCACCCAGUCAAGUCACACAGGUACGCAGCCACCUCAGAACAGCCAGCGGAAGAAUUCUCCAGAACGCAGCCCGAUGUUCCGAACCAAGGAAAUAAACAGAGGGAGCCGGGGGAGGAAGGAGGGCUGAGACGGAGUGAGAGAAAGAGGAGGAAGGCCCAGAGGUGCGGCUGCUGCGCCCCCUCCUCUCUGCGCGGGCGCGUUCUGGCGCUCCAGCGCCACCUCGCCGUUCUACAGACCGCCCGGCGUGAUGCCCAGCGCUCCGCCCGGGAGCUGCGAGACGCCAACGAGAAGAUCACUUCGCAGCUCAACCAGAGACUGAACGUCAGCAAGCAGUUAUCACAGAAGCUGACCUCUGACCUGGCGGGUGUGGAGCAGCUGAGAGGUGCUGGAGAUGGAGCUGGAGCAGUGGGCCCCUGGAGACCCCCACCUGCUGUCCUCAAAGCCCCUGGAGGCAGAGGUCAAACACUCCACACUAAACUGAAGAGCUCCAGUGCGGAGGUGACGAGGCAGAUGUCGGCUAACAAAGCCCUGCGAGCCCAGCUGCUGGAGAGAGAGGAGAAGCUCAGAGAACUGCAGGAGAAGGUGAUCCACACAGAGAGAGAUGUGCACAUGAAGAGGCAGCUGGUGGAGGACGUGAAGACUAGGAUGAGGUUCCUCCAGGAGACUGAGAAGACACACAGAGGAAUGGUGGAGGAGCUGGAGAAGAAAGUGAAGACCUUGACAGAGGAGGCCACUAACAGGAAGGCCUUUAUAGACUCUCUGAAGAGGAGGCUGACUGUAGCCACUAAAGAGAAGAGUCAGCAUGAGACCUCCUGUCAGAAACUCAAGGAGGACCUGGACAAGAAGGAGCAGCGUGUGGAGGCCUUGCAGGCCCGUGUGAGGGCCAGUGAGCGGGCCCAGGCCGAGCUGGAGCAGACGGCCUCCCGUCAGAUGGAGGGUCUGGCCCAGCAGAGCACCGUGGCCCUGGAGGCCCUGCAGAGACGACUGGGCCUGGCCCACACACAGCUGGAGCAGCUACAAGCCUUCACUAAGGCUCUGGCAAGCGAAACUCUCCGCGAGGUGCAGGACGCCAAAUCGCAGCUGAAGAGGAAGAGGGUGGAGAAGAAGAAGGCAGUAGGGGGGCUGUCCAAGCAGUCCAUGGUCAAGGCCCAGUCCAUCGCUGCGUCCAUCCUCAACAUGACCGAGACGGACCUUGCUGACAUGCUGGACACCGACGAGUGGGAGAGCAGGCUCAGAGGAGCAGAGAUCGUCUCAGCAGUGGGAGAGCAGGCUGAGAGGAGCAGAGAACGUCUCAGCAGUGGGAGAGCAGGCUCAGAGGGAGCAGCCGUCUCAGCAGUGGGCGAGGCAGGCUCAACAGAGAUAUGUCUCAGCAGUGGGAGAGCAGGCUCAGAGGGAGCAGGGAGACCUCUCAGCAGCAGUGGGAGAGCAGGCUCAGAGGAGCAGAGAGACAUCUCAGCAGUGGGAGAGCAGGCUCAGAGGAGCAGAGAUCCUCUCAGCAGUGGGAGCGCAGGCUCCCAGAGGAGCAGACCGUCUCAGCAGUGGACAGGCUCGGAGGAGCAGACAUAUGUCUCAGCGGUGGGAGGCGGGCUCAGAGCAGGAGACCUCUCAGCAGUGGGAGAGCAGGCUCAGAGGAGCACAGAGAGGCGUCCCAGCAGUGGGAAGCGAACUCAGAGGAGCAGACGUCUCAGCAGUGGGAAAGCAGGCUCAGAGGAGCAGGGUUAUGUCUCAGCAGUGGUAGAGCAGGCUCCAGAGGAGCAGAGCUCAUUUUGA